CUCAGCUUGCCAGGUUACUGGUGUCAAUUUGUCAUAGCGAUGCAGCCUCACAAGCGUCGCAAGACAUUACUUGCCUGUAAUCAAUGUCGAGAUCGCAAGACCCGUUGUAGUGGGGACCGUCCUCUCUGCAGGUCCUGUCAAGAAAGACACUUGCAAUGUCAAUAUGAACAGGCUUCGAUCCGAACCUCAUCGUCAGCUUACGAUACUGAGCGUCGCUUGAGAUUGCUGGAACGACUGAAUUCUCGAACCGAUCGUUGGGCCGGUCUUACCCCUGCAACGCAGCUGUGCGCUCAAGAUACAGGACAGGAUGCUUCAUAUCAGCUUCCCACUAUACGAACAGAAGCGAUAGAUGGAUCUCCAGAAGAAGGCUUCAUUAGACAGACAACCCACGCGGAUUCUUCAACAGAUUCCUUCCUAAGCCAAGUCAGCUCUACUGCACAUAGACUCGAACGACCAGUACGGCCAGAGACCAUAUCGUCGCCAUACAGCGGAAACGCCGAUCACUCUUCGCGAUUGUGCGAUGCACCAACAGUGAAUAGCUUUGUUCCAGAACCAGACGUUGAUAUUGAUCUCAUGGAAAGCUUCUGGAACAACAUUCACCCCAUAUUUCCCCUCUUGCAUCGGCCGACUAUUCUGCAAGCAUACGAACAUCUUUGCGAGCCAUACAGAGCUGGAACUCGCAAGAACAGCGAGGAAAGCAACACCUUUCAGGCCAUUUUGUACAUUGUGUUUGCCCUCGGCAUUCAAUACGACAAACAACUCGCUUUCGACCAUCGUGUUACAAGAGCAGACGCAUUCUACAAGAUGUCACUUGAUCUCGUAUCUUCGAACGCCAUCGAUAAUCCUACACAGUCGCAUGUUCAACUAUUUCUACUCACGAGUAUUUAUCUGCAUUCUACUGCAUAUGCCAAUCGCUGUUGGGACAUGAUUGGUACUGGAACUCGUAUAGCCAUAGGGCUGGGCUUGUUUCGAGAGAGCGCCUCUUUUCACGGUAAGGAAUCUCAACUGAAACGCGAAAUGAGGCGCAGGAUCUGGUUCUGUUGCGUCAUUCUGGACAAGAUGUCAGCUGCGACCUUCGGAAGGCCUACGACUUUGCCAAGACCAUGGAAGACAAUGCCUCCCAAGGCGAUUGAUGACGAGUUUCUCCAAUAUGCAGGCGAAGGCUCCCAGCCGCUAGGUCUUCCUUCUUAUGUCGAAGGAUUUGUGUACUCUCUUGGCCUAUUCGAGAUUCUUGAUGAUGUUCUAGCCAUGUCUCACAACCCACAAGAAGAAGAUGAAGAAGAGCACGCUAAUGGUCAUAGGCACCAAGCUAGAAAAUCUAUGUCUAGACUUGUCGACACUCUGUCCCUUGAUUCACGGCUUGAGGAUCUAGUGAACAGCAUGCCAGAUCGCUUGAGGCUAUCAGAGACUCAUGAGAAUUCAUUAGCCCAUUCAAGGAACGCCUUCUAUGUGCAGGCCCAGGUGCUGCAUUGCAGGAUACACUACGUUCGCCUCCUUAUCCUUCGACCAUGGUUGCUUGAAGGAACUAGUUCUGACUUCCCUAUGUCACUUGGUGCUAGCACUCUUCGAGAGAUCCGUAGUCUCUGUAUCUUGACCGCGCAGCAGACUAUCGACGUACUUUAUAAGGCCGAGACAUGUCGUGCAAAUCAUUCGAGUUGGCACGCAGUAUGUUUUCUCUACACCGCUGCUAGCGUUCUUCUUGCGGCCGCUUUUCUUCCUAAAGCCAACGGAGGCAUCGAUCUGUCUUGCGAACCAUAUCUGAAUUCCUGGCAUAAAGCUCUACAGACUUUGAGACACAAUGAAGUGCAACUACAGGCUUGCUCACAGGCUGUGAAGUUGUUGGAGAGCUGUCGAGAGAAGCUUCGAUCUGAAGUUAUGAUUAGAGUCUCGGAAGAACCGCGGGGACAAGAUGCUGGAGGCGCACACAUGUCAAGCACGGACACCGAUAUUGAGUGGGCAUUUGAUUUCGAGAGUCUGGACUUUCUUAGGCCUAGUUACUGCUGA